AUGAACAUCGGACUACUAAGUUGCCUGUUUUAUUUCGCCACAAAUGUGUGUCUGACCUCGCAGCAAGUCCUCCGAAUCGGAGGAAUUUUUGAAACCAUGGAAAAUGAACCAAUAAGCAUUGAAGAGUUAGCCUUCAAAUUUGCUAUUACAAAUAUAAAUAGAAAUAGGACAUUAAUGCCAAACACAACAUUAACAUAUGACAUUCAGAGAAUUAACCUCUUUGAUGGUUUUGAAGCUUCAAGAAGAGCUUGUGAUCAGCUUGCACUUGGUGUUGCUGCUGUAUUUGGUCCAUCUCACAGUUCUUCUGUAAGCGCUGUACAAUCUAUCUGCAAUGCCCUAGAAGUUCCUCAUAUCCAAACCCGCUGGAAACAUCCAUCUAUGGAUAACAAGGACACAUUUUACAUUAAUCUUUAUCCAGAUUACUCAUCCAUCAGUAGAGCUAUUCUGGAUUUGGUGCAGUAUUUCAAAUGGAAAACAGUCACAGUAGUAUAUGAAGACAGUACAGGUAUUAUAAAAAUUUUAGAAGUACUUGCCUCACCCUCCCAGUAAAUACUGAAAUUAAAAUACAGAAAAUUAGACAGUGGAGGUAAAGAAGCUGAGCCUUUACAGUAUAAGCAAAAGAAGAUUAAGAGGUUCUGUGUUACUUUUGCAUGUUCUUUCCGUACAAUGGCUGAGAUUACCAAGUGUAUCCUGUCAAUGGGUAUGAUGACUGAAUAUUAUCACUACUUCUUCACCACACUGGUAAGAUUUGUUUGUUUGGGUCUUUAGCCUUACCCAUAUAGUGGAUGAAAUGACUGGGUUUCCCACCUCAAUAUUACAACAGCCAGGUUUUCCCCUGUUGUUGAGAAAUGGGCUUUUAACCCCCCGUCAUUUCCCCCAAAACCCGAAACUGGAUUAAUAGAUGGGAAAUUGAUGACAACAGAGGCUGCACUGAUGUAUGAUGCUGUUUACAUGGUAGCCGUGGCUUCUCAACGAACCUCUCAGAUGACAGUAAGCUCUUUGCAAUGUCAUAGACACAAACCUUGGCGUUUUGGACCGAGAUUUAUGAAUCUUUUUAAAGAGGCACAAUGGGAUGGAUUGACAGGACAUAUUACAAUCAAUAAAUCUGAUGGUCUGAGGAAAGAUUUUGAUUUGGAUAUAAUCAGUUUAAAAGAAGAAGGAACAGAAAAGAUUGCCAGUGAAUCUUCUCAUCGUCUUAACAAGGUGUGGAAAAAGAUUGGAAUUUGGAAUUCAAAUGGUGGCCUUAACAUGACUGACAGUUAUAAAGAAAAGACAACAAAUAUUACAGAUUCCAUGGCAAAUAGAACACUUAUUGUGACUACAAUUCUGGAAGACCCAUAUGUCAUGCAUAAGAAAUCAGAUAAGCCAUUGUACGGAAAUGAUCGAUUUGAAGGAUAUUGCCUGGAUUUGCUAAAGGAACUGUCCAACAUUCUUGGUUUUGCUUAUGAAGUGAAACUGGUUUCUGAUGGUAAAUAUGGUGCUCAGAAUGACAAGGGCGAAUGGAAUGGGAUGGUGAGAGAACUCAUUGAUCAUAAAGCAGACCUAGCAGUGGCUCCUUUAACCAUUACCUAUGUGAGGGAAAAAGUGAUUGACUUUUCCAAGCCUUUCAUGACUCUGGGGAUCAGUAUUUUAUAUCGAAAACCCAAUGGGACAAAUCCUGGGGUUUUUUCAUUUCUGAAUCCUCUAUCUCCUGAUAUUUGGAUGUAUGUCCUACUGGCUUGCCUUGGUGUUAGCUGUGUACUGUUUGUCAUAGCAAGGUUUACACCAUAUGAGUGGUAUAAUCCCCACCCAUGCAACCCUGACUCGGACGUGGUGGAAAACAAUUUUACUUUACUAAAUAGUUUCUGGUUUGGAGUUGGAGCUCUCAUGCAGCAAGGAUCAGAACUGAUGCCCAAAGCCCUUUCCACAAGGAUAGUUGGUGGAAUCUGGUGGUUUUUUACAUUAAUAAUCAUAUCAUCCUAUACUGCUAACCUGGCUGCCUUCCUUACUGUUGAAAGAAUGGAGUCACCAAUUGAUUCUGCUGAUGACUUGGCAAAACAAACAAAAAUUGAAUAUGGAGCUGUGAGAGAUGGAUCAACCAUGACAUUUUUUAAGAAAUCCAAAAUUUCUACAUAUGAAAAAAUGUGGGCAUUUAUGAGUAGCCGACAGCAAACAGCUUUAGUGAAGAAUAAUGAUGAGGGCAUUCAGCGAGUUCUGACAACCGAUUAUGCGCUUUUGAUGGAAUCUACCAGCAUUGAGUAUGUUACUCAGAGAAACUGUAACCUCACUCAAAUUGGAGGACUCAUUGAUUCAAAGGGUUAUGGUGUUGGGACACCCAUUGGUUCACCUUACAGAGAUAAAGUCACAAUUGCAAUUCUACAAUUACAAGAAGAAGGCAAGUUACACAUGAUGAAGGAAAAAUGGUGGCGAGGUAAUGGCUGUCCAGAAGAAGACAGCAAAGAAGCCAGUGCUUUGGGUGUUGAAAAUAUUGGAGGAAUUUUUAUUGUACUUGCAGCAGGACUUGUUCUUUCUGUCUUUGUAGCCAUUGGAGAAUUUAUAUACAAAUCAAGGAAAAAUGGUGAUAUAGAACAGGUUAGCGUUGAUCAAUGUGAAUGGCAUAGCACAUGCUAA